AUGGCUGGAUUUACAGAAAGUGCUUUGGUUAAAAAAUUGCUGGACUUAAAUCCGUCACAGCAGAGUAUCCAGACUUUAUCGUUGUGGUUGAUCCAUCAUAGAAAACAUCAUAGUACUAUAGUUAAAGUUUGGUACAGAGAAAUGUGCAAAGCCAGAGACAAUCGUAAGUUGAUGUUCAUGUAUCUGGCAAAUGAUGUAAUACAGAACAGCAAGAAAAAAGGUCCAGAAUUUGGUAAAGAGUACGAAGUAUUUUUGCCAAAAGCUUUUGAGCACAUGAAAGGAUUUGAUGAAAAAACUCGGGAGAGAUUGAAUAGACUGCUUCAGAUUUGGGAAGAACGGGGUGUUUAUGAUAAAGCACAAAUUUUGGAGUUCAAAACUGCGUUAGAUUCUGCUAAUGAACCUACCAAGGAACCUGGUACUCCUCCUCCAAGAAAAAAGCCAAAAAUUGAGGAAAAAAUCAAAGUUAAGACAUCAACACCUAAGGUUGAAAAAAAAGAGAAAAAAGAUAAGAAAGAAAAAAAAGAACGGAAAAAAUCAGAGACUGAAGUUGAAGUUGAUGGUACCAAAGAAUUACAUGUGACACUGAGUCCUAGAACACCUGCUGGAGAUCCGCCAGAAACUGAAGAGCUUAUUAAAGCUUUGAUGGAUUUGGAGAACACAGCAUCAUCGGACGCAAACGUGAGAGAAAGAAUAGCGUCACUACCUCCAGAAGUAUCAGAAGUGUCUUUACUAGCAAAUUUAGCAGAUCGUUCAGCAGCAGACCAAUUGAGCAUUGCAGUUAAUGAAGCCGCUACAUUGCUCGCUGACUACAAUGGACGUUUGCAAGCUGAAAUGGAGGACCGUCGAAGACUAUUAACAAUGCUCAGGGAUUAUACUUUAGCACAAAGACAACUGCUACAACAAGCACAAACAACACUCGAUGAUUACAAAGAAAAGUUAAAAAAGAUAUGUGUAGUACGGGCUGAAGUAAAAUCACACAUUUCAAAUCUACCAGAUUUAACGCAGUUACCAGACGUUACUGGUGGUUUAGCACCGUUACCAUCCGCCGGAGAUCUUUUUUCACUUCACUAG